UCUGAGAAGCUCAGUGGAGGGCGGGCCUCUUUCUCUCUUGUUGCACUUUGCUCUCCUUUCCUGCAGCACUCUCUCCACAGUUCGGUCUGCAGUGGUGACCAUGGCGCUCCGAGCAGGACCUUCUCUCUUCUGUCUGCUGCUGUUUGUGCUCAGUGUGGCUGCAGACCGAGACGCUCCUGAAGUCCACACAAAGCUUGGCAGUCUGAGAGGGAAGUAUGUGAGCGUAAAGGGGAAGGAGCCCGGGGCCCACGCCUUCCUUGGUGUCCCGUUUGCCAAACCACCUGUCGGCCCCUCCCUCAGAUUGGCCGCACCCCAACCUGUAGAGGGAUGGAACGGCAUGAGAGAUGCAACCAAGCAACCCUUCAUGUGCAUUCAAAGCAUAGAAAUUGUCACGGACCUCUUGAAACAACUUGGUGCCCUGCUAGCAGAAAUUCCUGACAUUUCUGAAGACUGUCUUUACCUCAACAUAUACGCUCCUGCAAACCGACCUCAAAAUGCCAGGCUCCCAGUCAUGGUGUGGAUCCACGGUGGAGGUUUCUCUUUGGGUUCUGCUUCAAUGUUCGAUGGUUCCGCCUUGGCUGUCUAUGAGGAUGUAAUUGUGGUUCUAAUCCAGUACCGACUGGGCGUUUUGGGCUUUCUAAGGUAGAAAU